UGGGACUCAAAGUCAAGAGCUUACAUCGUCACAUGUUGUAGAACUAUCUUGUUUCAUAAUUCUUCUCGUAAGAUUGUUAAAAUGCUCUCUUCAACAUCAAGACAGCUCGUCCGUUGCGCGGCGAGGCAGCAAUGUCGCACCUUCGCCUCCACUCCUUCCUUUGGAGCGGCCGCGGAGGUGAAGAAGUUGGGUGUCAUUGGAGCUGGCCAAAUGGGUCUUGGAAUAGCUCUCGUCGCAGCACAGAGAGCUUCAGUGCCCGUUGUAGUGAUCGACAACUCACAAGCCUCCAUUGACAAGGGCUUCAAGUUCGCCGACAAGCUUCUAGCAAAAGACGUAGGCAAAGGCAGAUUAUCUCAGGAAGAUGCUACGGCCGCUAGGGGGCGUCUGACGUCCAGUACCAAGCUGGAGGAUCUUUCGGAUGUUGACUUUGUGAUUGAGGCUGUUCCUGAAAUCCCAGAACUGAAGCACAGCAUAUUUUCCCAACUCGCCCAAAUCUGCCCCAAGCAUGCAAUCCUCGCGACAAACACAUCAUCAAUUUCGAUCACCAAGAUCGCUGCAAGUACUACCAAGGAUCCGACCGACCUGUCUGCUUCGUCACGUGUGAUCAGCACUCACUUCAUGAACCCCGUUCCCAUUCAAAAGGGCGUUGAGAUUAUCACCGGUCUGCAAACCUCCCAGGACACCGUCGACACCGCCGUCGCCUUCUGUGAGAAGAUGGGCAAGAUUGCCUCAAAGUCGGCAGACUCGCCUGGAUUUCUUGCAAACCGUAUUUUGAUGCCAUACAUCAACGAGGCAGUCAUCUGCUUAGAGACAGGCGUAGGCGCAAAGGAAGACAUUGACAGCAUCAUGAAGAACGGAACGAACGUGCCCAUGGGCCCGCUACAGUUGGCAGACUUCAUUGGUAUUGACACAUGUCUAGCGAUCAUGAACGUAUUGUAUCACGACACUGCGGACUCGAAGUAUAGACCCGCGGUACUGUUGAAGAAGAUGGUAGAUGCAGGUUGGUUGGGAAAGAAGAGCGGUAAAGGCUUUUAUGAUUACUAGAAGAAAAUGUGUACAUGAAUGACAAACAUAAUAAAAACAACCCAGCCUC